CUUUAUUCUACCACUAUACCCGCUCUCCCUUCAAUUUGACCAUGAAAAGGCCAUGACCAUCUAAGGCGGUUUCCCAUCGGGCUGCAACCGCCCGCGCCGUCGGCAUAUCAGCCGUUUUACAUCAGAACGAGAGUUAAGUCUCAGAGCGCCCAUCCGAACUAAGCUGAUCACAUCAGGUGCUGUGCCAAGUCCACCAUUUAUCAUCCCCAGUCAGAGCCAUCACUAGCUGUGCGAGACAUUGCCACCGCCCACCUACUUCCUCUCACCCUCCCUCCCUCAUUAUUCUCGACAUGCAACAGCAGCCCACUUGCACUAGCCUACGUGUGAGAUCUCCGCAAGAUGCUCAGAUCAUCUUUCACGCCGUAGCACUUGGCGUCUUGCCCAUGGUCACCCGGCGUUUAGACACGGAGGAACGGCGUUCGAUAACUUCGGGUUGCGUUUUUGUAUGGGAGGAGCGAGGACCAAGCCCGGAGGCUACCGGGCUUGGUAUCGAACGAUGGACUGAUGGCAAGAGGUGGGGUCCAAGUAGGGUCCGCGACGAAUUUCUUUUUUAUCAAGAAAAAGACCCUGAACCACUUGAUAUUGACCCAAACUCAGACUCUGAUACCACGAUCGGAUCAAGUCCCUUAGCGCAACCCGGCGUGCCCCACGGAUCCGUGCGCAUUAGUUUAGUUAAACAAACUUAUUCCGUGUUCGUUGAGACCCCGACGAGGGGACGCAAGAAAUGGCAUCUCAUCGCCUAUUUCACUCAUGACAGCCUCGAUUAUCUCCGAACCGUUUCUGACCUUCCCGACCUUUCUCGUAUCGUUGUGCCUCCAGGGAACUAUAGAAGCGCUCGGCACAACACGAGCAAGCACGGCCGUGCUCAGCGAGAAGAGCGACCGCACCCCUUCACUCCUCAAUAUGCUCCAUACCCUUCCCCUUCCCGGGUAGUGGUUCAGUCUUCUAAUGACGGCACACAGUUAUUUGACCACUCAGGGCGUGCACCGCCUCGAGAUGGCCAAGCAUUAGCACCUCUCACGUACCUCCAAAACCUAGCUCCGCCGCGAAGACACCCACUGGAUGAGGAAGCUCUAAUGGCUUUUUACCCUCGUUUGUGUUGAACUUCCUACCGUGUUUUCUUCGCAUUGUUUUCUGUGGACUGUAGAAUUAAUGACCUCUGGACCUACAAAUGCUGUGAUGUUGUCGUUUUUACCAUACGUUAUUUUCUUGAUUUGCAAUCUGCAGCAGCCUAUCAGACCAAUCUCGUGUUGUGUGUAUUUACUUACCUGAGUUACCUACAUUGGGGUUUGACGAAUAAUUUGGUCCUAUCAAUCCCCUGAAUUGAUCCCUAGUUGAGCAUGACAACCACACAAAUUG